UCCAUUAAAAUAAUAAAAAGAAAAAAUGCCAACAAGAAUGGUUACGUACUAUAGAGAAAGGACAGUAUAUGUUUCUGUUCUUGUAGAGGGGCCUAAGAGAAAGAGGAGCAGUUCAUCAAAUAACAAAUAUCAUCAACAUCUUCAUGUUAGACAUGUUGCUAAUGUUGGAGGAUACAACAGAAAAGCUCAGCUUCUUGACUACUCAAGAAAUCUUCGAGCUUCGGCGCAAUCACAGCCAUCAACACCUUUGGCUCCACAGCCAAUUCAAAGACAGAAUUCUCAGAUUGUUGCAGUGAAAAACAAGCCAAGAUAUGUAAGUCUACCAACUUGUAUGGGAAGAUGGAAAUUUGUUAUGCCAAGGUUCCUCAGAACAUUCAUGCCUCAGAAUAAGAAAUCCAAGAAGAAGAAUAAUAUGGCUUCUAAAACCAAUAAAAUGAAAGCUAUAGUGAAAAGUUUUCAAAUUCAAAGAAAGCCUGGCCUAUUCUCCAAAAUGUUUGCUUCACUACGAAAGGGUCGUCGAUGAACAGACUCAUCAACUAAGUCCAAGA